CGCGCCGCUACCACGCGCUAAAUGGCGCCCAAACUGGGACCGUGCUCACGCGGGUGAUCUGCGGUGGACACCAGACGGCCCACCACCACACAUGCUGACGAUAUGGAUACAGUAUGGCCGCGGCACAUUGGCUCAACUCGCUCGGAUGCCUGUCGCUGUCGCUACUAUGUCUCUUCGCAACUACUCUUCAACACACAAGCGUGUUCGGGGAAGCCACGGAGCUCUCGAGUCGGGCCGCGCUCGCUGACCCCUCGCCUACUAAACUUCCAAAGUGCGACCGCACGUUCGUGAGCCGCGGCGGCGCGAGCAACGGCACCUUCCAUGCGCCGGAGUUGGUGAACCCGAGCAACCAGAGCAGGCAGUGCCUGUACACGUUCCUCGCGGCCGCCGGACAACGGGUGCUCGUCGAGUUCCGCACAUUCGACCUGCGAGGGAAGCCACCAGAUGGAGCCGCUGUCGGAGAGCUACCAGCAUGUAUGCACGAGUACAUGGACAUCUACUCGGAGAUGGCGUCUCUGGAGUCCUCGGAGCUGGUGAACUCUGCGUUCGGCGGGCGGUACUGCGGGCCCAUCCCGCCGCGGCGGCGCGUCUCCCUGCACCGCGCCGUCGCGCUCGCAUUCUUCACAGACAAGCCGCACACGCCGCCCACGCUCUUCACAGGCACUUACUACUUCAUCAACGCCUCGGAGUUCGAAGUGGGCACUCCUGUUCCCAACACGCUGUGCUCGUUCGUCAUCGAGGCGAGCAAGCGCAAGACGGGGCUCCUGCUCUCGCCCACGUACCCAGGGAUAUACCCCAAGGACAUCACCUGCAACUACCAGUUCGUCGGCCAGCCUGGACAGAGGAUACGCCUCGAGUUCCGCGACUUCGAUCUCUUCUUCGGAGGGCCUCAUUGUCCAUUCGAUUGGGUGCGCGUGUACGACGGUCCGGACAACACGGCGGCAGUGAUCGGCACGUACUGCGGGCAGCAGCGCAACCUGGUGCUUUACAGCAGCGACGAGCGGCUGCUGGUCACCUUCUACUCGCUGCCACGCGCCGCCAACACGCAGAACCGCGGCUUCAAGGGCAUCUUCGAGUUCUCCGAGAGUUUUGUUAAGUUAGAUUUUAUAAGUAAACACGAUGCCGAGCACAUUCGAGGCUCCGAGUGCGACCAGAAGAUCCUUAGUAAAAAGGAGUCCACGGGAUUCGUCUACCAUCCAAAUUAUCCAUUUCCCUAUAUACAAAAAGUUGUUUGUAGAUAUUUUAUAUAUGGUAUGCAAGAUUCACAGAAUUUGGAACGGGUGCGGCUAGAAUUCCAGAACUUUUCUAUACCGAAGGGCGAUAAGCCUAAAGGAGACGCUGCCUGUCCAGACGGCUACCUGAAGGUCUACCUUCGCGGGCAGGAGGCGACGGACUCGUACGACAAGCACGACGCGGAACUGUGUGGAGAGGGCAGCGCGGGCCCGCCUGCCUUCCCACCGCCGCUGCUGUCGGACGGGCCGCGCCUCGUCAUGGUGUUCAGCUCCGGCGAGCUGCAGGGCCGCGGCUUCAAGGCCAAGUAUACCUUUGAGACUGAAUACCGGGUACCAGGCACGGCGGCGCCGGGCGGCGAGUGUGCGUUCACAUACCGUUCGGAGGCCAAGAAGCGCGGCGAAUUCAACUCCCCCCGCUACCCCUCUAACUACCCCUCGCACACCAACUGCACCUACUCGCUGGAUGCAACCCCGAAUGAACAGGUCACCGUCGUCUUCGAUCAUUUUAAGGUCCGAGCCGACGCGUGGAACGCCACUGCUGGGUUGUAUGGCGGCGCGACAUGCAGCGAGGACUGGGUGGAGGCGUGGUGGACGGGGCGCGAGGGUUCCCGCGUGCCGCUGGGCCGCUGGUGCGGGCUGGCCACGCCGGGGCCGCUGCAGUCCCCGCGCGGAGCCCUAGGGCUGCUCAUCGCGCUGCACACCGACCUCGAUGCCGUUGCUUCGGGGUUCAAGGCCAGAUAUGUUUUCGAGCCAGCGAAGUCGAUAUUCGGCGACUGCGGCGGCAACAUGUCUGGCGCGGAGUGGGGCGUCAUCACCUCCCCGCGGUUCCCCCUGCCGUACGAGCCGCCGGCCCGCGGCGCCGCCUCGCGCGUCUGCAACUGGUUCGUCACCGCGCGACCCGGCAAGCGACUAUUGCUCAAUUUUGAACACUUCGCUGUUGAAGGACAUCUCACAGAACGUGGGUGUCCAGCAGCGGUACUAAGGCUGUGGUACGAGAGCCCGGGCCCGCCGCUCGAGCUCUGCGGAGAGAAGGCGCCGUCCGAUCGCUGGCAGUACCUCUCCUCUUCCAACUCAAUAAGACUUUCGUUUAUAAUAGCCGACAAGUCGGUGGGCGCGGCGGGGUGGCGCGCCGUGUGGACGGAGGUGACGGUCCGCGAGGCGGGCGCGUGUCCGCCCGGCCCGCCGCCGUGCGCCGGCGCCUGCCUGCCGCCCGCCGCCGCCUGCUCGGGGCUGCAGCACUGCGCCGGCGCGCCGCCGACCAAAUACCCGCAUUGUUAGUAUGCACGCUCACAGGUUGGAUCGUAGUGCGACUCAUUUGAGAGGUCAAUUUUGCUACAUUUUCUUUCUAGACCAGUGAUUUCAAAAAGAGAAUAUAAAAUUAGAAACAUACAGUGUUAUUAAAAAACGAUGACUAGAGAUUGACGGAAUUGACAAGUCGUAAGUCUGCAGUAUCUGCGACAGCAGCGUCGCGGACGCGGGGCCUAAUAGGUGACUUAGACUACAAUUAUUUAGUUUCUAUUACAUUCUCUUCGUUUUGUAUUAAAUAAAU